ACGGUGGCUGCGCUGGCUCCCGCAUUGGUAAACUGACACUGAACUCCGAAGAAUUCGGUUUGGCCUUUGGCAAACUUGAAAUCCGAAAACUUGGCGGGCUUUCCACAGGCUUCUACAAGUUAUAGAUUUUUCUUGUCAUAACGAUGACAAAAAAACAUCAAAUUUUGUCGUCUGUGGCCAAGCGCAAGCGCUUAUCAGAAGUCAAAGCCAGAGGGCCAUUGGUGAAACUUGUCUUGCUUGCCUGUAUUAUUUCGUUUGUGUCCGGGGGAGUGAUUGAUUCAGGAGAAACCACUGACCAUUCACGUUCCUACAACAGAACAAGCCUAGACAUGGCAGGAACACCAGUCGUGAUUGCAGCCACAGCCAAACACACAGCCACACUUAUUUUUCUUCAUGGUUUGGGAGACACAGGUCAUGGGUGGGCUAGUGCCAUGGGUGCACUGAGAUCUCCGUUCGUGAAAGUCAUUUGCCCCACUGCUCAGACCAUGCCAGUUACGCUCAAUUCUGGAUUCAAGAUGCCAGCAUGGUUUGACUUGAGGUCGCUUGAUCCCAAUGGUCCAGAGGAUGAAGCUGGAAUCAAAAAAGCUUCUUUGCUCAUCCAUUCAAUGAUUGACUCUGAAAUCAGUGCUGGCAUUCCUUCCAAUAGGAUCUUAAUUGGAGGUUUUUCUCAGGGUGGGGCUUUGGCCCUUUAUUCGGCUCUUACUUACGCCAAGCCCUUGGCUGGUGUUGUUGCACUAUCCUGUUGGCUGCCUUUGAACAAGAGCUUCCCAGAUUAUGUGAUAGGCAACAAGGACACCCCUUUCCUGCAGUGCCACGGAGAUUGUGAUCCGAUUGUGCCUUUCAAGUGGGGCCAAAUGACUGCAUCACUCCUUAAGAACUUCCUCAAGAGUAGUGAGUUUAAAACAUACAGUGGUUUGAUGCAUUCCUCCUCUGAUGAGGAAAUGAAAGACAUUAAGGACUUUGUGCAGAAGUACUUGCAAAGUGUUUAAUCUCUACUUGUUUAAUGAAGGCGAAACAAACAACCUCCAACAUUCUAAGGUUAGAUUUGUGCCAUGAGAAUUGGUUCCUUGGAUAAACACUUGUACCUCACUGGAUUUCUCAGAUAUAUUUUAGAUUCCCAUAAAACUGAAACCAGUCAACAUUUCCCCAUUCAUGUAAUAAUUCAGGUUUGUUCUAUUUUUGAAUCAAAAACUAGUGAAACAAUUUGUAGAGAGAUCCAUCUAAUUUAAUUUUUUUAGAUAUUAUUAUUUUUAACUUGGAGGCAAAAUGUUUGCCGACACCUGUUAUGUCUAAAUAACAUUCCCUCUCACAUUAGGUUGUCGGGCCUAGAGUUGUGUAGAGAAGAUCUUAUUUUCAUCUGAGAUGAUGUGGACUAGUCAAGUUUCUGAUAGCUCUGAAAAAGAUGCAGUUACAAUCUGGGUAGUUUUGAGUUACAUGUACAAGCCAGUGGCAACUCACUUCACAAUGAAAUCUUUCUUGCAAUAAUAAUCCUAUUUAUGCUUCUGUUCAAAUCGGUUCUUAGGGUACCUGCCUUUGACAAGCUUCUCUAAUUAUUCAUUAUAGUGUUUGUUGAAGUGUGCCAUGCUCAACCAUUUUUUUAAAGUAAAAUUUGUGAGAAGAGCAAACCUACGGAAAGGUGUCUGUAAAAUCAAUCAGUGACGUUUUCUUAAAAAUUCAGCUUCAUUUCAACAUAUUGCUUUUCUUCACUUUGCAUAAGUUUUCUCUCGUAGUGCAUAUUAAAGAGUGCUACGAUGCUCCAUUCCACUCCUGAGUGUACUUACCAAGCCAUACUUAAUGCUUAUGGUAUCUUUUAAACCAAUCUCACUUUGAUCUGCUUUAACAUCUUUGGGCACUUCUUAAUUCCCUUUUUUUUUUUCUUAAUUUUUAGAGCUAGAUGUUUAAAGUCUCAACUGUGGUUUACUCUUUUUCUUGUAUUCGUCAGUCAUGACUGCUGUCAUUAUAGCUCUCAAACUUUACCCUCUUAAUUUUGUUCUUUGGUUUCACUUUUCAUUCUUUGAAUUGUGGUGAUAUCCUUAACUGUUCCAUUAUGGAUUUUAAGAGUUGUGCAAUUAGAGUCAACUGGGUCCUUCAAAAUGAUAUUAAACUAUUAUACUAAGUUAUGAGAUGAUGUACUUAGACCCUCCUCAUAUGAAUUGAUUGUGUGUGAAUUGUAAUAAUCUUGUUAUGGAGACAUAUAUUUCUUGUGAAAAGUUGAGUGAAUUUUAUUUUUGUGAUAGCCAAUUAUUUUCUACAGAGAAAGAAUUUUUGAUCAGUGGGCAGUCUUGGAACAAAAGAUUAUUUUUUUCCAUUGAUAAUUUGAAACUGGAACUUUUAUUCAUCUGGUUUUCUUCUGUACCCCUAUAUUCAGUUUGAUAUUGUUAAUUAACAUAUAUCACAAGAAAAAAUUUGAAUAAAGCAACAGAAGAAUUCAAA